CCACAAACUGUCGGCGGUCACGAACGACCGAAAGCCGCUCGGUUGUUAUUUGCUCUGUUCGUAUUUUUAUCACAAGUUUUAUUGACAAUCGUACGUACUGUGAAGAGUGAAUGUUUAAUAGUGACAAUAGUGCUUUUUUAAAUUGAUUCCGUGGUGUUACCGAUUGUAAAUUAUAACAACAUUUUUGUGUACUUCGAUUCUGCUCGGUGAGUGCAUCGUGUUUAUUGAGGUCUGAGCGUCAGAUGCAAGUUAUUGUAUCAGCAUUGUUUUUGCUGGAUUUUUAUUUUUAAAGCAUUCGAUCAGUAGUGAAGGGUAAUUUUUUGUUGGGUAGGAAUUAAUGGAGCGUUACCUAUUUUAAUGAGCUUUAUUGUUCGACUUUAAUGAGUUAAUUAAUUAUCGUAGCUGGUAAUUAAUUGUUGUUGAUCAAUAGACGCUUCGACUAGACGCACAGAGAAAGUGUCAACUAUUGCAGAUUAUCUUUAACGGUGAUUCUUGUAGUCUCAAAAGUCAUUAAACCCCUUUUUAAAUGACAUUAAAAAGAUUGUUUUAAACUGGAACGAUUUGUGGCUUUAUAUAUUAUCUUAUUGGAAACUGAUACGAGUUCGAGACGCUUGCCGGUUGUGAUUUCAAAACCAUCCGUUAGACAGUUGAAAGUGAAAUACUAGCUGAUGGCUAAUAAAACGAUACGUGCAGUGCGGGAAUUUUAAAUUAAAGAAAACAUCGCAAAUCAAUCAAUUUACACGAAUCGAUCGGUGACAAUUAAUUGAAAGUUUUAAUAUAAUGAAGAAAAAAUGAAUGUCCCCAUAGUAUCGGGAGACAUUAUCGAUGGCGAUGGAUAUAAGCCGCGAUUCGUCAGGGGCUCGGACCCGAGAGUGGCAACAUGCCGAGGAAAAUUGCAGAACAAACGGAGCAAGCUCAACCAGGAAAUCAACAAGGAACUCAGAUUGCGUGCGGGAGCCGAGAAUCUCUUCAAAGCCACCACUAACCGGAAGUUGAAGGAAACCGUUGCCCUGGAGCUGAGCUUCGUCAACUCGAAUUUGCAGCUGCUUAAGGAACAGCUGGCUGAGCUGAACAGUUCCGUGGAGUUGUACCAAAAUGCCGACAACGAGGAGCCUGUUAUGCCAAUGAUCCCGUUGGGCCUAAAGGAGACCAAAGACAUCGACUUUCGAGAACCGUUCAAAGACUUCAUCUUGGAGCAUUACAGCGAAGAUGGCGGUAAUUACGAGGAAGCAAUAGCCGAUCUCAUGGAUACUAGACAGGCCAUGAGGACACCGACCAGGGAUUCUGCAGGAAUAGCAUUGCUGCUCCGUUAUUACAAUCAGCUAUACUUCAUCGAGAGACGCUUCUUUCCGCCUGACAGAAGCCUAGGCAUUUACUUCGAAUGGUUCGACUCGCUGACGGGUGUGCCCAGUUGUCAACGGACGGUUGCUUUUGAAAAGGCAUCCGUUCUUUUCAAUGCUGGGGCAUUAUACACUCAAUUGGGAGCGCGGCAGGAUAGGCGCACUGCGAGAGGACUGGAUCAGGCUGUAGAUGCAUUUUUAAGAGCUGCCGGAACUUUUAGGUACAUCCAUGAGAACUUUACGAACGCACCGAGCAUGGAUUUGGGUCCUGAUAUGCUGGAAAUGUUGGUCCAGUUGAUGCUGGCACAGGCGAGAGAAUGUCUUUUUGAGAAACUGGAACUGCAGUCACGAGACAGUCGAAACGUAGACGUUUCUUUGGACCUAGCUCAGGAAGCUGCACAGGUAGCAGCCGUAUAUAAUGAUGUUCACGGUUUUAUAUCACGGGAACCGGUACGUGAUUACGUACCAGAAUCGUGGAUAUCACUUGUGCUGGUAAAACGUGAGCAUCAUCUCGCUCUUGCGCAUAAGCACUGCGCAGCCGGUCUUCUUGACCGACCAAUCGCUGAAUUUCGUACCGAAACGCGACUCAUAUUGGAGCAUAUCCAAGAGAGCGAUGGAAAGACACAGAUGGAUGUGACAGUCCCAAAGGACGACAAUGAACGUAAAUUAUUGGGACGAGCACAUCUAAGGGAGGCUCUGGUACUUCACGAGGAGAGUCAAAGGUUACAGAGGAUGUGUAGAGAACUUAAAGGGAAGCAGGCUCUAGCUAGGUUACUGAAGAGAGCUCAGGACGCCACUCUUGAGGAUUACAAUAGAUCGGGCGAAGAAGACGAUUUUCGAGAACUUCUUGAUCCUCCUCACAUACUUGCCUCUACCAAGUUUCAACUCAGUCUGACGCAUCCGGACUUUGGUCAGCACGGGGUGGAUGAUCUAUUUAGAUCAUUGGGACCGGUGGCCAUUUUCUCUGCUAAAAGGCAUUGGACUGCUCCUAGAUUGGUUCAGUUACAAAGAGGUCCUGGUGGUGAAGGAUUUGGGUUUAGCGUCCGUGGGGACGCACCUGUUAUCGUUGCAGCUGUGGAUCACAAUUCCUUGGCGGAUCUGGGUGGAAUGAAAGAAGGCGACUUCAUAGUCAGCAUUGGGAAUAAGGACGUGAAGUGGGCUUCACACGAUCAGGUCGUACGACUGAUUAAACAGUGUAGGGAUUCUAUCAGUUUGAAAUUAGUUACACCGAUGGAUAGAAAUUACCUAAAGAAACCAGUGAAAGCCAGUCACCACGACAAAGGAAGCGUAUCCGCAAGCAGUUCUUCAGGAGUCUCUUCGGGUCAGCCCAGUCCUGCAGGAUCAGUAACAACAGCUCACGUCGCCAGAAGACUUCCUUGGAAUCCUUUUAAAAAAUCAGGUGGUCAACGUGACAGCAGAGAUCUUACGUUUGACAACGUGAUCCUCAGAUGAUCCAGAUUUCGCUGUCGGCAUCUGCAGCGACUGGCAAAGUUAAUGCAUUGCAUUUGAGUCAGAAUUUAUAUUUUUUAUAUCAAUGAUAAAGACAACGGUGUAUAAAUGUUUAUCUGCUACACUUGUACUUAUACAUGUUUACAUGAUUUCUUAACGAAACACUGUCAUCAGAUUUUGAUUUUAAAAUUUAUUCAUAAACUUGUAAAUACGAUUGGCGAUAACACAGACGAGUUAUUAUUAUCGACGUACGUGGAAAUGUAUAAUGGCAUGAUUUUUUAUAUACUAACAAUCUGGAAUUUUUAUGAAUUUCGUUAUUUCACUUAAAGUUGCAAGACUUUACAUAACGGAAAAGUUUCGCUCGAAAGUCGUUGCCAAAUUAUAAGCUGAAUUACCUUAAGUACGACUAGCCGGUUAAAUUUAGCCUAGGCUUCAUUUAGAACAAAACUCGUUUGAGAGAAUAAAUAGUGUUUUAUAUACACGCAUGUACAUAGUCAUACUUGAGUAGACGUAUAAUUCAUACAAAUAGUUACAUGCAUCUAUAAGGUACAUUAAUACGUUUAAUAUUAAUAAUCAUAUUAUUGAAAAUAGUAUGGUACAUACUAAAUACUGUAUAUAUAUAAAUACAUAGAACAUUAGUAUGUUCUAUUCAUAAUUUGCCAUAUGAAUGUUAACGGGGAUUUUGAAAAAAAAUCGUAUUACAAAUUUAUAAUUUGUGUAAGCUCACCACCAAGAUAGAGCGAGCCACGCCUUUCUCGAAAGAUCGAGAUAAAAAAAUCUAAAAGGCAGUUGGACCUAGGAUGUCGUGAAAAAGUAAAGUAAAUCCACCAAGAGUGGAUUUUGCAUAUCCAUUCUUUUGGUAGAUCUACUUUUUUCGUAUCGUUACCCAGCAAACACAUUUUGUAACAGCUACAUAUCAACGACAUAAAUUCUACGUCGUUAUACAGCAGCUAUGGAAAAGUUAUAUAAAUAUGAAAAACGUGUUUGCUGAGUUAGAAAUCUUCUAACCACAAAAAUGAUAAUUAUUUGUAGGGAUUACAAUUAACCCGCUACUAAAUACACAAAUUCUCGCGACUUCAGCGAUUUUCUUAACGAUUUCCCUACCCGUUAGUGUUUAUAUAAUUGUCUUAUACUGUAUAUGAAAUACUGUUAAGAAUGAUGUAUUGAAAAGAAAAAUUCUGAAAAA